AGCUUUUUACUACGUUGGUGUGGUCGUUCUUUGAUCUUUUGAACAACAGGGAAAAACAAACGCUUUCAGCCCUGAAACACAAUUCAAGGGCGUGCCUCCUCCUCCCCCCUCUCUUCCAGUUCGACCUCUCCAAAUCCAAUCAGUUCCGCCCAGCUCAACACGCACCACGGUGCCCUGAAUACAGCGACGCUGUUCUCUAACUCUUCCGAAGUUAUGUUUUUUUUAUAAUCUCUACUCCUUCUCACUGCGGGCAUCAUAUUUUUCUUUCCAAUCCCCUCCAUCACGCUGUUCAACGUCUCUUUCUUUCUAUUAUUUUCUUUUUAAAAAGGGAUUAGUUUCUGUAGAAAACAGGUAGAGAAGGCAGCCAUGGAAUCUGGCUGCUCCCUGCCGAUGUGCGACUCCAUUCCCGUGGCGCGCAAGUGGCAGCGCGGUGGCGCUGCAAAGUGGACCAUCACAGACCACGACGGGCAAACAGUGUACCUCGUUGCCCGCUCGCGUGUGUCUGCUUCUCUGCUCUUUGCCAAUGCGCCAUCGACACACGACGCCACAAGGUUGGAGGAACCAGCGUGGAUGCGAGAUCAUCUUCAGCUGUUGUAUAACGGUGUCCGCGGAGCAGAGAGCAACGGGCGUAGAAGGAAAACGAAAGGAGGAAAUGACGAUCGAGGUGCGGCAGUAGGAGAGUUCCGAAACGGUGAUAGCAACGAGAACGUGUCGACGACAGACGCAGCUUCGCCCGACACGACGGUGGCGAUGUUUCACGGCCUUUUUCGGUCUUGCGGAGCAUCAGCGCAGAGAGCGACUGAAGCAGGAGAACUAUCCAUUCUAGGAGAGCGUUUUUGUUGGCGAAAACUAUUUUUCCAUUUUUUUCUCUGUGAUCUGUCCUGAGGAACCGUGUGUGCUGGCCGUGUGUGCCGGCCGUGUGUGCUGUGUUGCUGCCUCCGUGUAUCGCUUGUCAAUAAGCGCACACAUUCGUUUGUUUUGUUUUCUUGCCCCUUCUUUUUGCUGCUCGUAGGCGCUCCCCGUGCUCAAUAUGGAGACGAUGUUCACAGGAAUGAAAACAAUUUCCGCCAUGUGAUAAGUACAUAUAUGUAUAUAGGAUCCGAGCAAAGACUACUGUUGAAGAGAUGAUUCCAUCUGCAAGGAGAUGCGUGCCGUUCAUUCUUUCCAGUUCUGGUCCCCUCGUGUAUGCACCUCACUCGCCACAAGCGGAAGAUAACGUCCCCUGUUUCGUCCGUUUAACCGUGCGGUGCUCAUCGUGGUUUUUUUUUAGUUGUCAAUGUGUCGAUGGCCGCGUUCAGCACAGCACAGGCUGUGCAUUCAUCGUCGCCCUACGUUCCUUUAUCGCCUCUCUCUUCCCCUCUCUCUGUCUUCCUCCAUCGCGUUGCUGUGGGGGAUAUGCACGAUGCACUGCGCCGAGAGGCCGCGGGAGGUGCGAGUAUAAGAAAGAAAGAGAAGAAAAAGAACGAGAAGGGAACAUCUGUGCUGCUCCUCCGAGCUUAGCUAGGACGACCAUUGUCGCGGCUGGAGAAUACAAUUUAUGCGACACACACGCAUUACACUUCCUUUUCUGCAAUCAUCGUCACUGCACCGUGCCUUGACUUCUCUGAAGAUGAGUAAUGCGAUGCAGCACCAGCGCUACAUUACACUGGACGGCAUGACGAACCUCCGCGACCUCGGCGGCUACCGCACCAACGACGGCACGAAAACGAUGAAGUGGGGUGUCGUCUUCCGCGGCGAUCAACCAUCACUCGUCCCAGCUGACGUGGCGCAGCGGGUGCUUGUACAGCAGCUGCACAUCUCCAGCACCUUCGACCUGCGCGGCGACAGCGAAGCUGCAGCAAAGUGCUACGUCAUCCCACACGUCUGCCGUCAUGCCGUGCCGAUUGACAUGAACCACAUGGAUGAGCUUUUACCGCCCAACGCGAACGUGAACGAAGGGCCAGUGGCCUUUCGCCUCAUGCAGGACUACUAUCGCAGCCUAGUGACGGCGGAGGGCCCUGCGAUGGGAGCUGUGGUGAAGCAGUUGCUGCAGACGAGCCCGUCGCGGACGAACGCGGCGCUGAUUCACUGCACGGGAGGGAAAGACCGAACGGGCUGGGCCGUCUACGCGCUGCUGUCUCUUUUAGAUAUCACCGAAGAAGAAAAGCGCGAGGACUACGAGCUGACAAAUCGGUGCUUCAAGAUUCCAAAGGAGGCCUACGAGUACGAGGGUGCGGCUGACUUGAGUAAGGAGGCGUUUAACGCCUUCUGGCGCGUGUCGAUGGACUACCUUGACGCCGCCGUGGGGGAAGUGAAGAAGCUGGGCGGGAUGGAGGCGUACGCGAAGUCGCACAUGGGCCUCACGGACGAUAACAUCCAGCAGCUGCGCGAUGUAAUGCUCGAGUAG